AUGGUCAACCGUACAUCAAGAUCACCGUCUAGGGUGUUCUCUUCUACUUUUUUGCGUUUGCUGAUGAGUGCAGCUACAUUCCGCAAGACUUUGAAUAAGUCGGUAAUCCUCUUUCAGUUUAUAUCCGCGUUGUCAACAGUGUUUCACGUCAUUUCCAUGGGCUCAGUUGACCAAGUCACUGAUUCAGUUGCAGGUGGACCGGCCUUCUCCCCGCAGGUGCUGAUCGAGAACGAGGACGGCGAGAUCCAAGAGUUCGAGAUCCUGGCCAGCAAAGACAAGCACGGCGCCCUCCGGAAGGCCGUGCCGACCCUCCCCGUCGCCCUGGCCGUCUGCUGCCUCGUGCUCAACAUGGUCCCGGGGCUUGGGACAAUGGUGUCAGGAUUCGCCGUGUUGUGCGGGUACCCGACCGAACACUCGAGCAAGGGCGCCGGGGUGUUCUACAACCUGCUGGUGGCGCUGCUGCAGUUAAUUCUGGCCCCUAUCAUUGUCGGCUGGAUCUGGUCCAUUCAGAGAGGGAUCAUCCUUGUGCAGGAGUCAAUGAACCAGAAGAUCGAGCAGAGAGAGAGGAGAAUGAGUCAAGACGUGACGGCGUAGAAAUCGUGACGAGA